AUGCUGAACGUCCUUUUAUUGACUCAAAAUAUCGGUAGCAUCGAGUGCAACGUCGAAAAUGAGGUGACAGCCGAGAACCAGGCCAUGACGGAACAAUGGUGUCAAUCCGUCGCUGCCUUUGUGGAAGCCAGUGGCACUACUGUGGACGUGCUGGUGCUCCAUUUCCAGGAAAUGGGUGGCAAAAAGUUUCAUGGAGCCUUUAACGACUAUUUCAAGGGAAUGGUGACACAGUGCUACCCGACGGCGGCAUGGUGUAGCGGCCUCUUGGCUCCCAUGGAAAAUGACGUGACGACCUUUACCGCCAUGGGAACCGUCCUCUUUUGCAGUGCACGAGUGGUGGAACGAGUCGCGCUCUGGUCCGUUGCCAAAGACAAGUUUGUCCCCGUCCAGGAGAUAGACAACAGCUCGUCUUUCUUUCAGAGCGCCAAGUUUUCCAAUGCGGGUACCAGUCGCAAAGGAUAUCUACAAACCAGGUUGCGCAUCGGCGACACGACAACGCUCCAGUUUAUGAACCUCCAUUUGUUGCAUGAUGCCGAUAACACUGUCGCAGCCUCGCAGCCAUUUCCUUCGGAAUAUGUGCACAAACGCCUCGAAGCCAUUGUGCAAGCCACCACCUUCAACAACAACAAUAAAGAGUUGCCACUCUUUCUAUUUGGCGAUUGGAACAUGCGUCUCGACACGCAUGGUCUCAAGGCACACUUGGAAGAAACAGUCGAGGACGCUACGACGAAAAUUGAAUUGGAAAAGAAGAAAAUACACGCCAGCUCGCAAGUCUGGGACUAUUUGCAUCGGGCCAACCACUGGACGACGAUCCGCGAACAAUUUGACAAGGAACCCAAGUUGAUGCAACAAAUCAUCCAAGAAAAAUCGGGCAUGGUCAUGACCGAGAUGCCCAUUGCAUUUGGUCCCACGUACCUAUUAGAGGACGAUCCAGCCAUAGCACGCAGCAACCAGACCAACCUACUGGAAAACAACAAUACUGGCGACAACAACAAAGAAGAAGAUCAAGCACUCACAGCCUGCUAUCAAAAGCAGAGAUUCCCGGCUUGGUGUGAUCGUAUAUGGUACAACGAACCUGGUAGGGCAUUGGUGGAGAAGGGAGAUCCCGUCUACUGGAAUGCAAAGUUGCAUCCAAUGGAUCAUUUGCCAGUCUACCUUCGCUUCCGGAUAGAAGAGUAG